CAAGACGGGACAUAAUGGGUCUGAGAGUUUGAUGGGAGUUUGUCAAACUGCCCGGCUUUGCUUUCUCAAGAGGGUAACCAUCGUAGCAGGUGCUGCAAGCCCUAAGCGGCCCCGCCUGCGCCAUGGGCUCAGAGGUCUGGGUCGGCACUUGGCGGCCACAUCGGCCCCGCGGCCCCAUCGCGGCACUCCACAGAGGCCCAGGGCCCAAAUACAAGCUGCCACCGAACACCGGUUACAUCCUGCACGACCCAUCUCGGCCGCGCGCGCCCGCCUUCACCUUCGGCUCGCGCCUGCCCUUGCAGCACACAACCUGCGGGCCGGGACCGAGCCACCUGGUGCCUGCCCGCAUGACCGUGCGCGGAAUCGAUGGCACCCCAGCCUUCUCCAUCUAUGGUCGCCUACGCCACACAGCGCCCGUCCUCACUCCGGGACCGGGCAGAUACUUCCCAGAACGCGCGGGAAACGCAACGUACCCCAGUGCUCCCCGGCAUACCAUGGCUUCCCGAAACUGGGGCAUCCUCUCGAAGCAGCAAACCCCAGGCCCUGCGUCCUACACUGUGCCUUCGCUCUUGGGUCCUCGUGUCAUAGGCAAAGUCUCAGCCCCAACCUACUCCAUCUAUGGCCGCAGCGCUGUGGGCAGCUGCUUCGAGGACCUCAGCAAGACCCCAGGACCCUGUGCCUACCACGUUGUGAACCCGGGGGUCUACAAGACUCGAGCCCCGCAGUUCACGAUGCUGGCACGGACUUCGCUACCCCAAGAAAGCACUCCGAAGCCAGGACCCGCAACCUACAGCGUGGAAGAGGUGGUCUGGAGUCCAGGGUCAAGGGGCAGGGGAUGAGGGUCUGAGGACAGGGUCCCUGGGGUACAGGCGUUCCUGUAUGAAGCCGAACAGCUGGCUUGGUAAGAUCAGCAGCAUCUCCUGGCCCGCAGCACCGGAAGCCUCGUGGCUGGAGCUUCGGGAUCAGGCACUCAGACUACCUGGCCCCCAUGAUACCGUACCACGUGGAAGACUGACUCUAGCAGGCGCGCAUCGGCCCUCGGUUGUUUUCUUAAAGCUUUUCAAGCCGG